AUGACGUUGAGGGCUGAGGAUGUCGAUAUGACAGCCCAACGUGGAGCGCAUGCUGGAGCCGGUGCGACCCAGAUGCAACAACAACAACAACAACAACAACAACAACAACAACAGCAACAACAACAACAACAGCAACAGCAACAACAGCACCGCCACAACAACAGACAACCACAGACAACCACCCAUACUUCCAUACCUGCAGGAACGCCCUUUGAACAUAUCCCCACUUCUGGAUUAUCAAUUAACCCCCGCAACACGACAAAUCAGCCCAGAAUCAAGAGGGGUAAUGGUGCGAUGGCUGGGUUCUUGUGA